CUCUCUCUCUCUCUCUCUCUCUCUCUCAUGAAGGCUCUCCUUUGUGACUUUGUCCCGUAUCGGCUCACGUUUUCUCACUCCUCUCGCCCCGCAAGGCAGAUUUUCGUUUACCACCAACCAGCCAGCCAAGAAAGAGAGAGAAAGGGGAAGAUAUCACAAUAUCAAGCCCUAGAACGAAGAAGAUAAUCCGAAUCCAUUACUUUGGACUCUGGGCAUAGUUUCUUCUUCUAUCUAAUCGGCUCUCUUCCAAAUCAGGACGGCGCGGCUUGUACUGCUUGUAAGGGGUGCCGCCUAGGGUUGGCGUUCGAUCUGGAAUCGACGGGAUUCAGCUCCGUGUCGUCGUUUUGAUUCUUUAGGUUUCAAUCUUUUGAUGUGGUGAUUGUGGGGGGGUGAACACGGUUCGUGCGUGGCUGCCCGUACUAUCUGGCUUUAGAAACCCUGGGAGUUGCUUCUCCGGGUGACUUGUUUUGUUUGGUUUUCUCUUCCGCGCGGUGACUGCGGUUAGGUGUUUUGGCAGCCCAUGCGAUUGGGUUGGUUUUCAUGCCGCCAGAACCAUUGCCUUGGGACCGGAAGGACUUCUUCAAGGAGAGGAAGCACGAAAGGUCGUCGGAGUCGCUAGGGUCCGUAGCCAGAUGGAAGGAUUCAUCCCAUCACGGAACCCGCGAGUUCAAUCGCUGGGGAUCCGCCGAUUUUCGCAGACCACUAGGUCAUGGUAAGCAGGGUGGUUGGCACCUGUUUUCGGAAGAUUCUGGUCAUGGGUAUGUGCCUUCUCGGUCUGGUGACAAGAUGCUGGAAGAUGACAGCUGCCGGCCAUCUAUUUCGCGUGGAGAUGGGAAAUACGGCAGGAGCAUUAGGGAAAAUAGAUUUAGUCAGAGAGAUUGGAAAGGUCAUUCCUGGGAAACAAGCAAUGGGUCUCCAAUUACGUCUGAGAAGCUGCUUGAUGUGAGUAAUAAUGAUCUGAGGUUUGUGGAUGAUACCAUAACUUGCCUAUCUCAUCCUAAUUCUGACUUUGUGAACACAUGGGAUCAGCUUCAGUUGAAAGACCAACACGAUAAGAUGGGUGCUGUCAGUGGGUUGGGUACAGGCCAGAGGUGCGAUGCAGAGAACUCUGUAAGCUCGACUGACUGGAAACCUCUUAAGUGGAGCCGUUCUGGAAGCCUGUCUUCACGGGGUUCUGGUUUCAGCCAUUCAAGUAGCUCGAAGAGCAUGGGGGGUACGGAUUCCAAUGACACGAAGGCUGAUAUACAGCUGAAGAAUUCAACUCCUGUCCAGUCCCUUUCAGGAGAUGCAGCUGCUUGCGUGACAUCUGCUGCACUGUCUGAGGAAACUACCUCCAAGAAGAAGCCACGACUUGGAUGGGGUGAGGGACUGGCAAAAUAUGAGAAAAAGAAAGUUGAAGGUCCCGAUGUUACCGUGAACAAAGAUGGGGCUGUUGUUUCUGCUUGUAAUGCAGAACCCACCCAGUCUUUCAUUUCAAACAUGGCUGACAAAAGUCCCAGGGUUGCUGGUUUUUCAGAUUGUGGAUCACCGGCAACUCCAUCCUCAGUUGCUUGCAGUUCCUCACCAGGUGUGGAAGAGAAGUCAUUUGGCAAGGCAAUGAAUAUUGACAAUGAUAUUAGUAAUUUAUGUGUUUCACCUUGUGCGGGUUCUAUAUAUCUUCCCGAGGGGUUUCCCUUUAGUUUAGAGAAGUUAGAUAUGAAUUUGAUAGCUAAUUUGGGCUCUUCACUCGUUGAGUUGUUGCAAUCCGAGGACUCAAGCUCAGUGGAUUCUAGUUUUGUGAGAUCAACUGCCAUGAAUAAGUUGCUAUUAUGUAAAGGUGAAGUUUCGAAGGCACUAGAGGUGACCGAGUCUGAAAUUGAUCUGCUUGAAAAUGAACUUAAAUUAUUGAAGUCUGAAACUGAAAAUGGCGAGCCUUGUCCAGCUGGAUCCAGCUCCUUGCCAAUGGAGAAGAAUGCAACGCCCUGUAAAGGACAAGAUGGUGUUUCCAAUCUUUUCCCGAGACCCGAGCAAUUGCAAAUUUCUUCUGCGAACACUGUUAUGGAGAAGAUGCCUCUCUGUAAUGGUGCCUUGGAAGACAUUCAUGCAGCUAUUAAGGAUGAGGAUAUGGAUAGUCCUGGAACUGCAACAUCUAAGUUUGUUGAACCACUUUCUUUGGUGAAAGCAGACUCUUUAUCUGAUAAGUUGGAGCAUGGUGAUUCUUCUGGUAACUUGGAUGAAAUUCAAAUUGAGUCUGAAAAUAUGGUUGUGAAAUACUCGGUGCCUGGUUCUGUAGGGGAAAAUACUGGUACACCUGUUUCCAGUGAGGUGAGACAUACUGAUCAAGAAGAUAGAUUGUGUGAUUCAAUAUUGGCUUCCAACAGAGAAUGUGCAAAUAGAGCAUGUGGAGUUUUUAGUAAGCUAUUACCACGAGAUCAACAUGUGACCGAUGUUUCUUGCACUGUCCAUUUCUUGUCCUGCCAGAGUAGUGCUUUGAUGAAAGAAAAAUUUGCAAUGAGGAAGCAGUUUUUAAGAUUUAAGGAGAGAGUUUUAACAAUUAAGUUUAAAGUCUUUCAACACCUUUGGAAGGAAGAUGCACGAUUGCUUUCUGUGAGGAAACAGCGCCCAAAAUCUCAGAAAAAAUUUGACUUGAGCUUGCGGACAGCUCUUAAUGGGAAUCAGAAGCAUCGAUCCUCCCUUCUAUCUCGUUGUGCUUCACCUGCAGGAAAUCUUAGCCUUGUCCCUACGACAGAGAUGAUCAAUUUUACAAGCAAGCUGCUUUCAGAUUCCCAAGUCAAGAUUUACAGGAACACUUUGAAGAUGCCGUCCUUAAUUUUGGACAAAAAUGAAAGAAUGAUGUCAAGGUUUAUCUCCAGUAAUGGAUUAGUUGAAGAUCCCUGUGCUGUUGAGAAAGAAAGGGCUGUGAUCAAUCCCUGGAUGCCUAUUGAGAGAGAAAUUUUCAUGAAGAAGCUUUCCAUCAUUGGGAAAGACUUCAGAAAGAUCGCUUCUUUUCUCGACCACAAGACAACAGCAGAUUGUGUGGAGUUCUACUACAAAAAUCACAAAUCCGAUUGUUUUGAGAAAUCAAAGAAGCAAGAUUGCAGUAAGCAAAUGAAGGCCUUUUUUACUGAUACCUAUAUGGUGACGUCAGAGAAAAAGAGGAUUCGUGAGAUUAAUGCUGCUUCACUUGAGAAGUUUGGUAAAUCUUCUAUGAUGGUAGCCUGUGCUGAUGACCAUGUGAGGAGCCAACAUUCGAGUGCCGGACGACUCUUUUUGGGUGGCUAUGGUGAUUCUAAACCAUCAUGGGAUGAUGAUGGCAUUUUAGAUAGGUCUAGUAGUCUCGGUUUUAUUGGGAAUGAAAGUGAUACAGUUAUUGCUGAUGCCUUAACUGGUAUGUGCGGUUCCCUUUCAUCAGAGGCUAUGAGUUCUUGCAUCACGAGCUCUGUUGACCCUGGAGAGAGCAACAGGGAGUGGAAGUGCCAAAAAGUGGACUCUCUAAUAAAACGGCCUUUGACACCUGAUGUUACGCAGAAUGUUGAUGAUGAGACUUGUUCGGAUGAGAGCUGUGGGGAAAUGGAUCCUUCUGAUUGGACAGACGAGGAGAAAUCUAUUUUUAUACAGGCGGUGUCAACUUAUGGCAAGGAUUUUGUGAUGAUCUCACGGUGUGUGAGAACAAGAUCACGGGACCAGUGCAAGGCUUUCUUUAGUAAGGCUCGGAAGUGCCUUGGACUGGAUUUGAUGCAUCCUGGGCCUAGAAAUGUAGGAGUCCCAGUGAGUGAUGAUCCUAAUGGAGGUGGAAGUGACACAGAAGAUGCUUGUGUUGUCGAGACAGCGAGUGGCUCGGUUAUCUGUGGCAAAAAGUUGGGCUGUAAACUGGAUGAUGAUUUGCCUUUGACCACCAUGAACACGAACCAUGAUGAAUCCGAUCCUGCUAAGAUCGUGAACUUGCAAUCUGACCUGAACAGUUCAGAGGAAAACAAUGGGAUGGGACAUAUGGACCAAGAAGAUUUUGAGGCUGUAGAAACUUUGGUUUCUGAUGCAUGUCAGGCAGAGAAUAGUGCUGAGCUGGUUGUUCAGGGUGAUAACAAUGUUGUGGAUACUGCUAAAAACCAGUCUGAUUCGGUGAAUGCUCAAAGAAGUGCAGUUUUCUUGGCCAAUUCAGAAUCCAGGGGUGAUCAAGUGAUUGAACAGGGUAUUUUGAUUUCAGAAUCAGUAUCCAAUCGAGAAGGAAUCAACCCUGGUCCGUUGAGUUCAGGAGUUUUGGUGGAGAAUAAAGCUGUUACUUCUGUGGGAUAUGAAAAUGAAUUAGGGGGACAACGAUUGCUGUUGGCAGAAAGUAGUUUGAAUAAUAAACAACAUGAAGCAAGUGAUAGAGAUGCAACUGGCUUGCAAAGCUCGAUACAAGAUUCGAACACAGCAGGAAAUGUUUGUCAUCCGGCUGCUGAUAGUUCUUCUGGUUUCUGUCUCAACCCUGAGUACCAGCAUAAAUUUCCCUUGGAAUUGGAUUCUCUGGAAAAGCCUCGUGUUAUCCCCUUGCCGCAGCAGAAUUCUCUUGCUACUGCAACUUUGUUGUCUCAAGAUUCUGCAUCCAUACUGUGUGAUAAAACACUUAAUCAAGACAGAUCGUCAUCGACACUUGAUUUUCAUGGGAACAGGGACAAGCAGUCUCCUAGAUCUUUUAGUAGAGAGGACUUUCACCAGCAUUUGCCUGGCCAUCCUAUUUUGAAUCAUGUUGAAUCCUCCCAGAUUCUCAGGGGCUAUCCUUUACACGUUUCAAAGAAGAAAGAGAUGAAUGGGGAUAUUAGUUGCAGAAAGCUUUCUGAAGCUCAAACCCUUUCACAGUCAGGCAAGAUCAUCUCCACUCGAUUUGUAGCAAAGGAUUGCUCUAUUCAGAAAUGCAGCAGUUCAAAGCCUCACAGCUCAGUGGCUGAACUUCCACUUCUGUCCCAAAAGAUUGAACAAGAUAGUUUUCAUUCUAGAUCUCAUUCACGAAGUUUGUCAGAUACAGAUAAACCAUGCAGGAAUGGUGAUGUGAAACUGUUUGGCCAGAUACUCACUCACCCAUCCUCCAUGCAGAAAUCAAAUUCUGGUACUCAUGAGAAUGGGGAAAAGGGGAUCCAAGAUUCUAAGUUAAGCAGCAAAUUGUCUAAUCUAAAAUUUCCUGGCCACCACCAAGUGGAUGGGAAUAUCCUGAAGUUUGAUCAUAAUUACUUGGGCCUUGAGAAUGUUGCAAUGAGUUAUGGCUACUGGGAUGGGAAUAGGAUACAGACUAGGUUUUCGUCUUUUGCUGAUUCUGCUGUCUUGCUGGCCAAAUGUCCUGGUGCUUUUGGUAAUUGUCCUACACCGCCUUCCAAGAUUGAGCCGCCACCAUUGCAGGCAGUUGUGAAUAGUAAUGAACGAAACUCGAAUGGUGUAUCAGUUUUUCAAACGAGGGAAAUAAGUAGCAAUGAUGGAGUGGUUGAUUAUCAGGUAUAUGGGAACCGAGAGGGCUCUAAAAUGCAGCCAUUCGCUGUAGAUAUGAAACAGCGGCAUGACAUUCAUUCUGAAAUGCAAAGAAGAAAUGGGCUUGAAGCAGUCUCAAGUUUACAGCCACAGGCAAUGGGGGUGGUUGGAAUGGAUGUAGUAGGAAGGGGAGGAGUACUUGUUGGGGGACCCUGCACUGGUGUUUCUGAUCCAGUCGCAGCCAUUAAAAUGCACUACGCCAAAAGUGACCAGUAUGGGGGGAAGACUGGAAGCAUCGUUAGGGAGGAAGAACCUUGGAGAGGUAAGGGGGGCAUAGGCAGGUAGUAGAGCGGUUCUUUGCCGCACACUGUAAAAUAGUUUCUGUAUUAUUCAAUUAAAUGAUAGGUUCGCCAAGUCCAUCUUUUUGGUAAAGUAUUUUAGGUGCCUGUAAUGGUGUAGCAGCUUUAAUUUGUUGUACUUCAUGGAAAUACAGAAAUAAUCUGUGAAAGUUGGGAGGGGCAGUUCCAGUUCCUUAUGCAA